ACAUUUAUCAGUGGCAACCUUGUGGAUUGCGGCAUUAGAUUUGCUACGCAGAUCGGUUUGUGAGCGUUGCAUUGCACCUUUCACGGUGGAAGACAUUGAUUAUGCCUGUUGGAACGAUAUCGCAUAGGAUAUAUACGAUACGCAAGGAUCAAAAAGUCUUGUUCGUCUACUGCGAUUUCUCGUUAGGACAAGAUGUAGGGGAGACUUAUGUUGGUUACGUCGACGUCAAAUCACAACCCGUCCAAUUUUAUGUCCAAAAAUCGGCAAAUUUUACCGCAACAACUGCCAAUGCAGAACUCUUCCCUUUCGAAAUAGUCAAACUAAAUGAAGGAAAUGCCAUGGAUGCGCAAAAGGGAAUAUUUAAAGCCCCUAAAUCUGGCAUCUAUGUUUUCGAUUUCGCAGCAGUCGAUCUGCCCGGUGGCACCGAUUUAGUCGUCAACAUUCACAAGAAUGAUGAGCUGGUCGCAUCCGGAGGUCCUGUAGGUUCUGCUAAUCAUGGAACAGUGGCCAUUCCGUCCAUGUUGCAAUUAACUGUCGACGAUACCAUCAAAAUAACUAUCUCCACGCUAAACGGAAUGCUUUAUAGCGACCCUCUGCGCCCAAUGACCCAUUUCACAGGAUUUUUGCUGGAGGAAGACAUUUUUGCAUGACGAAUAACACAAACAAAAGCCAAAUAAUAACACCCUGUCGUGUAUGUUCAGCUUGGCAGUGUAUCUAGUUUGAAAGAAAAAAAAAUACAUGUAGAUUAAAGUUU